UAGUAAAAACAUAAUGUCAGUAACUGACAAAAUGACACAAAUAUAAAAUAUGGAAUUAUACAUCAAACAGUUGAAAAACAUCACUAGCAUAUUGCUAAACAUGUCUACUGACAUGCCAGCUUCCAUUGUAAAUUUAUUAGAAAUAACAAUAUUAUUACAGUGUAACUUGUACAUAUAACAAAGAAAACAAACAAAAAUAAAUUUCAAAAAUUCAAAAACAGUUUUUUCUCAAGAUGGCUGCUGGGGUUCUGUGGUAGAGCUUCACUAACCCCCUUCAGCAAGCCAAGCCCAUAGAAUUCUAUAUGGUUAAUCCCCAAGCCCCUAGCUAGCUAAAUACAGAGUAGAAUGUUGACUUAUACUUAAAAAAAUAAUUAUACAGUAAACAGACUCUUCAACAUAGCUGACUUUGCCAAACUGUUAAGGUUUGCCUGCUUCCUGAAAGACAGUGUCACAGAAACAUUGCCAACAGUGAAUAUGACAGGAGCAAUCUCUGGACAUUCCUUUAAACAAUGUCAGCACCAAUUAAGUGCAUGCCACACAGAUAUCUACAGAGGAUUAGAUAUGAAGGGAAUGAACUACAAAUCCUCUAUUACCACAAGUGUUCAAGAAUGUGAAGACAGAUGCACCAAUGAUGCCCAUUGUCACUUCUUUACCUAUGCCACGCAGAUGUUUCAUAGUGAAACCCAUCGCAACGUGUGCUUAUUGAAAUAUAGUACAACAGGAUUCCCAACAAAAAUAGAGAUGCUUGAGAAUGUGAUAUCUGGAUUCUCACUGAAAUCUUGUGCAGUUUCUAAAAUGGCUUGCAUACGAGACAUCUUUCCUAAUACCGUUUUUGCUGACAUCAAUGAAGACAGUUUUUUCACUCCUGAUCCUUGGGUGUGUCAACGCAUUUGCACUCAUCAUCCCAAAUGUCUUUUUUUUACAUUUCUUUCCAAAGAGUGGUCCACAGAAUCCCAAAGAAAUCUUUGCCUCCUUAAAACAUCCCAAAGUGGAAUUCCAAGUACUCGUAUCACCAGAAAGAAUGCCUCUUCAGGUUUUAGCCUAUUAAGUUGUAGACACAGUGUUCCAGUAUUUUGCCAUGCCUCCAUUUAUUACAACACUGAUUUCUUGGGAGAGGAACUAGAUAUUUUCGAGGUCAAAGAUCACAGUGCCUGCCAAGAAAGUUGCACAAACACCAUACGUUGCCAAUUUUUUACCUACUCACCACCUGGAGAAACAUGCAACAAAGAGAAAGGCAAAUGUUAUUUGAAAAUGUCUUCAAAUGGAUCCCCAAGUAAAAUAAUUCAUGGAAAGGGAGGCAUUUCUGGCUACACUUUAAGGCUAUGUAAAAUGGAGAAUGCAUGCACAAACAAAAUAAAAGGAAAAAUUGUUGGAGGAACUAAAUCAGUUCUUGCUGAAUGGCCGUGGCAAGUAAGCUUGCACAUCACAUCACCUAUCCAGAAACACCUGUGCGGAGGAUCCAUCAUUGGAAAACAGUGGAUAUUAACAGCUGCCCAUUGCCUUGAAGAACUAGAGGCUGCUACAGAUUUACAUGUCUAUGCUGGCAUAGUCAACCAAUCUGAGAUACAUGAAAAUACUCCAUUCUUCAGAGUUCAAAAGAUAAUUAUUCAUGAUAAAUAUGAAAUGGCAGAAUAUGGGUAUGACAUUGCCUUGUUGAAAGUCGAGGCUCCUAUUAAUUAUACUGUUCUCCAGCAACCCAUAUGCCUUCCUUCCAAAGAAGAUGGAAAAACAAUAUAUGCUGAUUGCUGGGUAACUGGUUGGGGAUAUACCAAAGAAAGAGGAAAAGUACAAGACACUCUUCAGAAGGCUUCUAUUCCUCUGAUAACAAACGAAGAUUGCCAGAUGAGAUACAGAGAACACAAAAUUACCAGUCAGAUGAUCUGUGCUGGUUAUAAAGAAGGGGGGAAAGAUGCUUGCAAGGGAGAUUCUGGAGGCCCCCUAUCCUGCAAGCAUAAUGGUAUCUGGCAGUUAGUGGGUAUAACCAGUUGGGGAGAAGGCUGUGCUCGCCCGGGACGUGCUGGUGUUUAUACCAAAGUGGCCGAGUAUGUGGACUGGAUUCUAAAAAAUACCUCAACAUGAAGAAGACCUUUAAUGCCUUUUACCUUUAGGAAAUAAGAAAUGUUUUAAUUGCAAGACAGUUUUUUCAGGAUGUUAUUUCCUUUGGCCCCAGUAAAAAUCAAAGACAUCUGUUUUCCUCUGAUUUUACUAUGAGUGUCAGACAUGGUGAAGAGGCAAUCUAAUUUUGAGAAUCUGGGUUCAAACUCUGUCUCUGAUAUAUAUUGGCUGUAUGACUUUGGAAAAGUCCCUUUCUACUCUCGUUCUCAGCAAUUCUCUGAGUCUAAGUCACCCCCAGGGUACUAACCUAUAUUGGUAGAGAGAGUUUUCCCACCUGAGACUAACAUGCUGGUAAAAUCACAGGUCUAAUUCCUAUUCCCAUCCCAUAUGAAGCUUGUCUGCAAACAAAACAUAACAGAGAGAAAGAGCACAUUUUCAGCUUUUUUUGUGAUUAAAAAAAAAUAAAGUAUUAUUUUUGAUCA